AUGGAUGCUAAUCAAGGCCCAGGUCAGGGAAGCCCUGAAAGUCCAAAUCGUGCGGUGGAGUACCUCCUGGAACUCAACAACAUCAUCGAAAGCCAGCAGAAGCUUCUGGAAACGCAGAGGCGGCGCAUUGAUGAGUUAGAAAUCCAGUUAGACCGCCUCAGUCAAGAGAAUAAGGACCUGCGCUUGGACCGCCAGCCAGUUGCCCCACCUCCACCAGCCCCUCCUCCAGAGCCUCGUCUUCCUCCUCCUCCACCACCACCGCCUCCCACUCACUUCUCUUCUGUUCCCAGCAAGAACCAUAACCUUCACCACAACAAGCCUCCUACCUCCAUCUCACUCAAUACCAGCCACAACCACCAGCACCAUCACUACAACAGCACCUCGGCGGUCCAUGCUCCUGCCAUGGCACCUGCCUCGCAGGUCCCCACGCCAGCGCCUCCCCCGCCACCACCUCCCAUUCCACCUCGUGAGCAGCCUCGAGGACACAGUCGUCUAAGCCGGGCUGCAUCUACCAGCACUGGAACCAACACUAACUUUGUGGAGAAGGAGAAGGAUCGCCUGGAGCGCCUGCACAAGACUAACGCCGCCAACAACCAUCACGCCCACACGAUGCACCACCACAAAGCUGUGGAAGGUGAACCACGGUGUCCCGAGGCGCUCCCUUUUCCAGAUUCACUCUACGGCCACCCUUACGCCUCUAGCACCAGCACGUCCAGUGGGCCUUUGAUAACACCCCCCACACAGGACAGCUCGCCCGUCUCUACUCCAAGCGCGGCAAGCUUGACGUGGGCUCAGCGGAGUCGCCAGCAGCCUGCCAGCCUGGCACUACGGAAGCAAGAGGAGGAGGAGAGCAAACGCUGCAAGGCCCUUUCUGACAGCUAUGAGCUCUCCACGGACCUCCAGGACAAGAAGGUGGAGAUGCUGGAGAGGAAAUACGGUGGCCAGUUCGUGUCCCGGCGGGCGGCCAGGACCAUUCAGACGGCCUUCCGGCAGUACCGCAUGAACAAGAACUUCCAGAGGCUCCGCAGUUCGGCGUCGGAGAGCCGAAUGACACGUCGCAUCAUAUUGUCCAACAUGCGGAUGCAGUACUCUUUUGAUGAGCGUCAGCCACAGGGUCAGGGGUAUUCAGGUCCGCAGGGGUCCGAAGACACAGGAGAUAUGGACGACUCAUUCUCCAAACAGGUCAAGUCGCUGGCAGACUCAAUGGACGACUCGCUCACCUGUCAAUCCGGCCGUGAAGACUCCCAGGAAGCGGGAGGAGAUGGAGAGGAAGAAGAGGGUGAUGAGGAGGAAGAGGAGGACGAAGAGGAGGAUGAAGAGGAAGACUACAGGGAGUGUUCCUGGGGUGGGACCUCCACCUCCUCCCACCGUGGGGUGGGUCAGGUGGGCCGAGUUGGGCGGGGAGCGUCCGGCGCAGCCAUGCAUGAGGACAGUACAGCAACUUCCUUCAGCGAUGUCACACUCUAUAUGGACGACGGCUGCCUCCCGUCCUCACCCAUUUCACGGCCGCCCUCAUCGCCGCUGUCUUGCCCAGCCUCCAGCUCCGACACUGAGUACUGGGGUGGCGCUAGUGGGAGGGAGGACAGUCGAGAGACAGAACGAGGCGGUAACACCAGCCGCAGGGGCAGCACACCCUGCACUGAGUGUCGAGUGGACUAUCGUGGGAGGUCUGCCGCAGGAUCACACCUGCCAGUCUUGACCAUUGAACCACCCAGUGAUAGCUCAGUCGACAUGAGUGACAGGUCCGAGCGAGGCUCAAUCGGGCGUCUGGUCUAUGAGCAGGAGCCGCCCGGAGCAGUAGAGCAAGGGGCAGGAGAAGAAAGUGGCGGUGGAGAUGGUGAGAGUGCAGAGGAAGAACAUGGAGGUGGUGGGGCAGGGAGUAGCGAGGCCGAAUCAUUGCAGGGAACCAUCAAACACAAACCGAAUGGCCGCUCGGUGGUGAUGGCGCAGGGUCAGACAAGAAGUUCAGCCCCCUCCGCUAUGCCCAUGCCCUCGGCUCGUACCCUGCCAUCUCACGCACUGCCUUACCCACUCCAGCACUCGCACCCGUCGCCCAUCCCCCACCUGCCCACCGUACUGCACCACCACCCGCAGUACAAUCAUAUGGCAUACACUCACCAUGGCGGGGCCGCCUACGUGCCUCACUUCACCCAGCACUUCUACCACCAACUGCACCACCACCAUCACCACCUCCCGCACGGCUAUCCGGAACCUCCUUCUUCACCACUGCCCUCACCUGUUCCACCACUCUCUCCGAUGCCUCCGCCACUCACACCCUCGCCGCUAUCAUCUUCCGUCGACACCCACCAACAUCUGCACCACCUACACCACCAGUCACACCUUCACCACCCACUGCACCAUCAUCUUCUGUGCUCCGACGGCGACAACGAGAGCGUGAACUCCACAACCACCAACAGCAACGACGACACAACAGUCAACAAUGGCAGCUCGGGCUCGUCAUCGCGCGACAGCCUGCGCGAGCCCACGGCAGCAACGCUAAGCAAGCAGACGUAUCAGCGCGAGAGCCGCCACAGCUGGGAUUCACCCGCUUUCAACAAUGAUGUCGUUCAGCGGCGCCACUACCGCAUCGGUCUCAACCUCUUCAACAAGAAGCCAGAAAAGGGAAUCCAGUACCUGAUCGAGAGGGGCUUCGUUUCAGACACGCCGGUGGGCAUUGCAAGGUUCAUCCUGGAAAGAAAAGGUCUCAGCCGGCAGAUGAUUGGCGAGUUUCUGGGCAGCCGGCAGCAGUUCAACAAGGACGUACUAGACUGCGUCUUGGACGAGAUGGACUUCUCAGGGAUGGACCUUGAUGACGCUCUGAGGAAGUUCCAAGCUCAGAUCAAAGUUCAGGGUGAAGCGCAGCGUGUGGAGCGAUUAGUGGAGGCUUUUAGUCAGCGCUAUUGUGUGUGCAACCCCGUGCUGAUACGGCAGUUCCAAAAUCCGGACACCAUUUUUAUCCUGGCCUUUGCCAUCAUUCUCCUUAACACGGACAUGUAUAGCCCCAACAUAAAGCCAGAGAGGAAGAUGAAACUGGACGACUUCAUCAAGAACCUGCGUGGUGUUGAUAACGGUCAAGACAUUCCCAGAGACCUUCUUGUGUCUAUCUAUGGAAGAAUCCAGAAGUGGGAGCUGCGGACCAACGAUGACCAUGUAUCUCAGGUGCAGGCAGUAGAGAGAAUGGUGGUCGGCAAGAAACCCGUUCUGUCUCUGCCUCACCGCCGGCUAGUGUGUUGCUGUCAAUUGUUCGAGGUUCCCGACCCGAACCGAGCUCAGAGAAGCGGUGUCCACCAAAGAGAGGUCUUCCUGUUCAAUGACCUGCUGAUGGUGACUAAGAUCUUCCAAAAGAAGAAGGCCUCUGUGACAUACAGUUUCCGACAAUCAUUCCCACUGGUGGACAUGCAAGUGCACACCUUCCAGAACACUUAUUACCCUCAUGGCAUCAGACUGACGUCGGCUAACCCCGGGGGUGAAAGGAAGGUCCUGAUCGUGUUUACAGCACCAAGCCAGCAAGACCGAGUUCGCUUCACCUCGGACUUGAAAGAGAGUGUGGCCGAGGUGCAGGACAUGGAAAAGUACCGUGUGGAGUCCGAACUUGAGAAGCAGAAAGGUGUGAUGCGUCCCACCGCAAUGACCCCGGGCGGACCAGGAGGUGGGGCUGGAAUGGCCGGACCAACAAAAAACGAAGCCGUCAACGGCACCUUAAGCCGGCCUAGCCUGGAUGACACGUACGCGUCAGUAGACGGACUCAAGCGCACAGCGCUGAGCUCUUCCCUGAGAGACCUGUCAGACACUGGAAAGCGAGGUCGUCGGAACAGCGUCGGCUCAUUGGACAGCACGAUGGAAGGGUCCAUCAUCAGCAGCCCGCGACCACACCAGCAAUACCACCCUGGAGGGCUUCUUGCCUACAGCCCCAUAAUGGCCCCCUCAUCUCCAACAGUUUACCGGCCACACCGCCCUACUCAGAGCCCCGGUACAGGGGUGGGUGGUGGGCCGGGGCUCUGUCACAACCAAGCUGGACCGAGCGUGUCCCCGCUUAUGAGCGGGGGCGUGGCUGGGGCCGCAGGAGGGAUAGCCAUGGGAAUUGGGCCAGGCGGCGGCAGCGGCCGGCUGGGGAGCUUUUUCGGCAGUCGCAGAGGGAAGGUUCCUGGUCCCCUGACGAUGACAUCGCCGACACCGCAGGGCCCCCCGAGUCCCCUGAUGAUAUCUUCUCCACCCCAUUACCCCGCCCCCGAGCCUCCCAUCGCGCACCCUUCAUCCCCUUCCCCAUGCUCCUCCCCAUCGACCAACCUCGGCCGGUCGGACCCGGGCGGCAUUGGAGGGGGAGAAGGCACGGUUGGGGUACCCUCCAAGCUACAGGCUUUGCACGCCCAAUAUUGUCACAGCAACAGUGCGGGAGGAGGGGUCAGCGGGACCCAGCAACAACAGACUCCCCCCCCACCUUACCACCAUCAUCACCGAUAUCACAUUCAAAGUGCCCCGCAGCACCAUCCUCUCUCGCACAGGGUGUCGGUUCCGCGGCGCCACGUCCCGUCUGGCUGCGUUCCGUCUCACAUCCAGCAGCAUCAGCGACUCCAGCAGGUCCCCACCCAGCACCAGCGCUACAACGCAGCCUCGGGUUUCAUCACACCCCCGCCACUGUCUCCUCACUCACCCCUAACGCCAACUACACCACACGGACUCUACCGGCCAGGCGGCGGAGGCAAAUUGCCACUCACCAUCUCACACUCGCAGCCAAAUCCACACGCUCACUCUCACAAUCACGCUGCACACUCCCCGCUGAGCCCCUCACCCGCCAGCUCACCCUCCACCCACUUCAUCUUCUCCACACCACCGCCCCAGACACCUUCGGCACGCCUGGUCUCGCAGACGCUGCCGCAACCCUAUGCCCCCCAGUACCCACCACUCUCCUCUAUCCCGCCACCCCCGCCACACUCCCCAUUGCCGCCCCCAUCUGCCGCGCCGCUCUCCCCGCACCCAGGUACGGGCGCCGGGCCAGGGCCCAAGUCGAAACCAGUCAGUCGGAUCAGCACCGUCGUGUGA